AUGACCAACUCCUGCUGCUCCCCUUGCUGCCAGCCCAGCUGCUGUAGGACCUGCUUCCAGUCAAGCUGUGUGAGCAGCUGCUGCAGCACACCCUGCUGCAAGCCCUGCUGCUGUGUGUCCAGCUGCUGUAAGCCCUGCUGCCAGCCCUGCUGUAAGCCUUGCUGCUGCAAGCCCAGCUGCUGCACACCCUGCUGCAAGCCCUGCUGCUGUGUGUCCAGCUGCUGCCAGCCCUGCUGCAAGCCCUGCUGCUGCAAGCCCAGCUGCUGCACACCCUGCUGCAAGCCCUGCUGCUGUGUGUCCAGCUGCUGUAAGCCCUGCUGCCAGCCCUGCUGUAAGCCUUGCUGCUGCAAGCCCAGCUGCUGCACACCCUGCUGCAAGCCCUGCUGCUGUGUGUCCAGCUGCUGUAAGCCCUGCUGCCAGCCCUGCUGUAAGCCCUGCUGCUGCAAGCCCAGCUGCUGCACACCCUGCUGCAAGCCCUGCUGCUGUGUGUCCAGCUGCUGUAAGCCCUGCUGCCAGCCCUGCUGUAAGCCCUGCUGCUGCAAGCCCAGCUGCUGCAAGCCCUGUUGCCAGCCCUUCUGCCUUGACCUGUGCUGCCAGCCAGCUUGCUCUGGACCUGUGACCGUCACCAGGACUUGCUACCAGCCCACAUGUGUCUGUGUGCCUGGCUGCCUGUCCCAAGGCUGUGGGUCCAACUGCUGUGAGCCCUGCAGUUGUUGA